AUGGAUACAGCAAAGUCUACCAUUAAUAAGCCCCUUCUCAGAGGCAACAGGAGGCAAGAUCUGCAAGAGAUGCUGAAGGAAGUAGGACUUGCAGAUGAGUACUCAUUGCACAAGCUGCAGGAACACCUAGGUGUGACCUGUGCCCAGGCCUUACAACACCUAGAAGAAGAAGACCUCCACAAGCUGAAAUCCCAGGCAAGAUAUUCCUGGGAGGAAAGGGCCCUGGAGAAGCUGCUUAACCUGUCACACUCAAAUAGACAUUCAGAGUUGCAGGAGUCUCAAGUGGAAAUAGUCAAGAAAAACCUGAAGAAGGCAGAGCAGGAGCUACAGGAGCUAAGAGACUUGUUGUCAGAAGGGAGGCAACGACAAGAAGAGGCAGUGAAGAAAAAAGAGGCAGAGCUGAAACAGGAAAUGGAGAUCCCCGAAGAGGACUGGCCACACCUUGUGAAGUCUCUAAGAGAACUCAUGGAAAACAUGCAGAGAAAACUCAACCCAGUGGAGGGGACACUGACUCACAGGGAGAACCUCUCAGAUAGAGAUCUGGUGAGAUGGGCAUCUGGAGGGCUGGCCCUGCAGGGAAUUUACAAAACCAGCCACCAAAAGGGGCUUAUAGAAAAAAGAGAAGAGUUACUCAGUGUCCCCAAGGAGUUCUCUCUCUGUGGCCCUGAGCAGGGCACACGGAUGGAAACAAGGGAAUUUACAUCUUCUCAAGCAGAAUCCAUGUUCACCCAGAUGAUAGAGAAGCUGGGGGUCAGUGUAAUUACCUCAGCCAAGGGUGGAGGUUGGGGAUUUAGCUUGGAAGCUGGUAUGGACCAUAACGAACAUUCAAAAUCCAAGGAAAUUGUGCAAUCACAAUCUGAGCACUCUUAUUUCUGCUCUGCCACAUUCAGCUAUAUCCCUCUUGCCUCCUUCUACUUCCCCAUUGAUCAGCUCCAGUUCUCCAAGGCUGUGCUCCAGGAACUGAAGUGUAUUGAAGACCUUUUGGGUCAGCCUGCAGGCCCAGACAGACUCACAUGCCUGAAACACAGGGCUGAAGCUUUCUUCCAGAGAUUUGGCUCUCAUGCUAACCAGGGCCCUCUGCACCUGGGAGGAAUCUACUGGUGGAAAGCCAUUUCACAGGGUUUCCAAAGUGAGCAGCUGGCAGAAGUAAAACAGCAGGCAGCAGAGGCCCUGAAUGGUUACGUAAGAGGCAACUACAGUGGCUUUGGAGUGGAAGUUAAUGGAGGUGGGGAAGUGUCAUCCUCUUAUGCAAAAGCUGCCUCCCAAAGUACAACCUUUCAAAAUCUCCAAAACAAAGUCCAAUUAUCAGUAGCCCAGACAGGUGGCCCACCUGAAGCAGAUGGAUUUGUCCAGUGGAAAGCUGGCCUAGUUGCCAGUAAUCAAACCUGGUGUAUCAUUGACCGGGGAAUUCAGCUGGUGCCCAUUUGGGACAUCAUCCUCUCCAGCCACAGAAAUGAUUUUAAGGAUCCACUUCAGCUAGCUAACUUUCUGAAAGACAGCUACACUGCUCUAAAAGGUCUCCCUGCCCAGAUCCAGGAUGGGGAAGAACUACUCAGUGUUGGAAAGGUGGCUAGGGAUUUCCUAGAGGAUGUGAAGUCCUGGGAGGUAUCUGAUCCUGAAGAGCAACUUCAAAAACUCACAGAUUUCAUGCAAAUAGUGAGUCAAAAAACAAAAAGUUAUGACACUUGGGUUAACAUAUGCCUGACUGAUUGGGGUCUGCAAAAUUUUCUGGUAAAUACCGUUAACUUUUGCAGAAUGUCUUCCACUCAUAAAACUAAAUUUGUUAAAUCUCAGAUGCAAAGACUUUUGGAUCCUCACAUCUACAAAGUGAAUAACUUUCCUCAGACUUAUUCUAUCAUGCAGUGGAUCUUCCAGUCAGAGUCUGACCAAGAGCAUAUCAACAUCUCCCAAUUUUCUGAAUUAACUAAAAUCUUACAAGAAACCCAGAAUGACCUCAUGGAAGUGAAAGCCAAAUCUGAAUCUGCAGAAAUAGUGGAGGAAGCUCAAAGGAAGGCCACACACAAGGUGAGCUUGUCUCUUGGCUCCUUCUUGAAUUAUCUCCUAGAAACACAGCAGCCAGACAUACAGCUCUUGCUACGUUUUAUUGCAGCUGGUGCAGGAUAUCAUGUGGUAAACAGUACUUUUCAGUAUCUCUUGGGAUGUAAUGAGUUAGACUUCCUACUGAAUAAAAUGCAAACUGCCCAAGAUAAAUACCAGGAGCUCAAAAAUAUUUGCACCUACAGGGCUCAGGCAUUCCUGCUGCUCACAGGUCUUACAGAAACUGCUAGAGUUAUAGCUAUUUCACCAGAGGAGAAAACAGAACGCUUGGCAUUAAUACGACAUCACAUGGGCCAAACUUUGUCGGAGGAAGUUGUACAAGUCCUCUCCAAACCUGGAGCAGAUCAUGAUUGGGAAACCCUUGAGAGAGACUUGAGAUUGCUAAUUGAUGGUAAUUACGAAGCCAUCACCCCUGUGUUGCAAAUGCAUGAGGUAAGAAAAAACUUGCAAAAUAUCUUCCAUGAAAAGAAACAAUCUCAUGAACCACAGGGUAAUGUAAAUAGCAAACAUGAAGUCAUAGAAGACUUGGCUUUCCUGGAAUUACUCCAGCGUCUAGACCUAGAACAAUACUACCCAAAAAAGAUGAGCAGAGAUAAUUUUCAUCUGAUCCAGAAGACUUCUGUGUACAGCACCCAGCCCAGCUCUGAAAGGGAGCUUCCCUUCUACUUUCUGCAGAAGCUACUCGUGCUGGAUUAUGAACUGAGAUACCAGGUGUUCAGAGAAGCUAGAAACACACAAAAUCAAGUUUAUCCAAGUGCCAUGACUCAAGAAAAUGAGGUUUUUGACCCAUAUGUAGACGUGUUUGAAGGCAGUGAAACUCCCACUAAUAAUUUCACCACUACUCCUAGACCCCAUAUUCACCCUAUGGAUAUUCAGAUGGCAAUCCUUCAUUGUGCAGAUGAUUUUGCAAGACAAAAUAUUUUGUCCAAACUUUCCAUUUGCCAGUUUGCCCUACCUCUUCUCACACCUAAUCCCUGCAAUUCUCAAAUUGAAUUUUGUCUCUGGUCUCUCAGUCAAAUUAGAAAAAGCUGGCAGGAAGUAAGGAAAUCAAAAAAGAUCAAUUAUAAGAAUAAGCAGAUGUGCUGUGUUUCAACCCCCAUUGUGUCCUUUAUUAGAGUUGGAAAUAACCUCUCUGCUUCCAAAUCUCAGAUCAUGAACUGUCUUCUCAGUAAACGUAAACAUGAUGUCUUUUUUCACCGACAUUGCAAAGGGAACACCAAAGACUGUCUCUUAAUGAAAGGUGUGGUGGAAGUCUGCUGGUUCUGUCCUAGUGGGGAAGAUGAGGACAGAUUUGACAACUGCUUGACCUUCACCAAUCUUCAUGGAGAUGCAAAGGAACAUAAGAAGCAACUCACCUUCCUGCAAGAGGUCUCUUCUCUCAUUGUGGUCCUAAUAUCAACUUCUGAUGACAAUAAGGAAAACAAGAAAAUUGUCCAUGACCUGAGUCAGUCACCAAGACCUUUGAUUUGUUUACUUGACAACAAAGAAAAAACCAUGGUCAAUAUUUCUGGCCAAAAAGUGAGAAUUGGGAUCAGGAAUAGAAAUGAGGCAGAAUUAACAGAGGAGCUCGUUACUACAAUCAGACAUUUGCUAGAGCUCUCACACACUGCUCUCAGCUUAGAGGACUGUAUCCCAUAUGCACGAAAGCAAGGAUUCCUUAUCGAUGAAGACCAGCAAGAAUGCAAGGAAGCCAAAGAAAAGGCAGAGGAUAUAGUGGCUCUACUGAAAGAAAUGAAGAUAUCUCAGGUGAAGGAAAACUUUCUACCCCUACAGGGACACCUGUGGCAUCUUUGGUGUAAAAAGGACAAAGAACUCUAUCACCUGAGGGAAAAGGGGAAUCAGAGCAUUGAACAACACAAGAGUGAAGUUGAGGCAGAAAAACAAAAAAUACGGCAUCAACAGUUGGACAGAGCCUUUCCUCUCAAUCACUUAAUGCAUUCUAUCCUUCAAAUUCUCCAAAAUCAUUCAGAAACUCAAACCACACUCUACUUUUUGCAAUGGCUGGGUGUCUUUUUUGACAACCUGACUGCAGAACACUUGGAAAACCUGAAUAAAAAGAAAAGCUCUUUGUGGUCACUUACAAAAACACAAAAGCAAAAUGCACCAAAGAGCAACUCUCUGAAUAAGUUGCAUAAUGACAUACAAGUUAUUUCCAAAGAGAUUAGUGACUGUACAUUGGGUAUUGAGCAAAUUCUCAGAGAAGUUAGCCAAAUCUAUGAAUCUCUGGAAGAAACUUCCUCCACAAAAGAUACCCUUUAUCUCUGCCUUCCCCAGGUAGUUGCAGAUCUGCUGAUAUCUGGUAUUCCCAUUGAACUGAUGGAUGGGGAUGCUUCCUAUGUGCCUCUAAGAUGGGUAGCAGCUCUUUUUGACAAGGUCUCUGAGAAGCUUGGAAACAAACGGCUGUUUGUUCUCUCCAUCCUUGGCCUACAGAGUUCAGGGAAGUCCACCCUGCUGAAUGCACUUUUUGGUUUGCAGUUCACUGUCAGUGCUGGGAGGUGUACCCGGGGGGCCUACAUGCAGCUACUGAAGGUAGAGGAGACUUUCACAGAGGAACUGGGCUUUGACUUUGUGCUUGUUGUAGACACAGAAGGACUUCGGGCCCCAGAACUCGGUAACAAAUCCAAGAAUCAUGACAAUGAGUUGGCAACCUUUGUCAUUGGACUUGGAAACUUAACUCUGAUCAAUAUUUUUGGGGAAAAUCCAUCAGAAAUGCAAGAUAUUCUACAAAUUGUUGUCCAAGCCUUUAUGAGGAUGAAACAAGUAAACAUCUCACCUAGCUGCCUUUUUGUCCAUCAAAAUGUAGGGGAACUUACAGCUAUUGACCAAACUAUGGAAGGACGGAGGCGGUUAGAGCAGAGACUGGAUAAAAUGGCAGCAACAGCAGCUGAGCUAGAACAGUUCUCAGGUGUAACCCGCUUUACUGAUGUCAUUAAGUUUGAUUUCAAUACUCAUGUUUACUAUUUUGCUCACCUCUGGGAUGGCAAUCCCCCUAUGGCCCCUCCCAAUCCUCGCUACAGCCACAAUGUCCAGGAACUGAAAGGUAAAAUUUUCGAAACUGCUCAACAGGAAUCCAGGCGAAGCAUCAUGAAGAUAUCAGAUGUAAAGCUGCGAGUUCAAGAUUUGUGGAGAGCCCUAGUGAAUGAGAACUUUAUUUUCAGUUUCAGGAAUACUCAAGAGGUCAUGGCAAUGAGCAAAUUAGAAAUCAUGUACAACAACUGGACCUGGGAGCUGAGGAGUCAUGUGCUAGACUUGCAGAACCAGCUGAUCAACCAGAUUAAGAAUGGAAUAAUCCAGACACUCACAACAAGCACACUUGAGGCUCCAGUUACAGUAAAAUAUGAAGCCAUCAAGCAAGAACUUGAAAAAUAUUUUAAUGAAGAUCCAGAUAGUGACAUACUGACACAGUGGAAAGCAAAUUUUGAAAAUAAGCUCACAAACCUUACAGAGGCACUUAUUUUAGAGACCAAAAAUAAAGUCGAGGAACAUAUAAGUUAUAAAAAGAAUCAAGAAAUGUUGGAUAAGAGAAAGUCAGAUUAUGAAAAAGAAUUACUGGAAAAAAGCCGAAAAUUGGCUUUAAAUUUAAAGGGCAAAGAACUGAGUGAGAAAGAGCUACAUGAGAAAUUCAAUCAAGUUUGGGGAAAAUGGGUCUGUGCUGUGUCCUCAACGUUCCCUCCAGUCACAAAGGUUAACAUUGAUGUCGAUGCUGAAACCAUCCUUUUGAACCAUUUUGUAAAAGAGGCAGAUGUGGUGAAUAGAAUGAAGGAAAAUGAAGGAGGAAAUUUUCAAAUCAAUUAUAAGGAACAUGUCAAAAUGACCAAAAGAUUUCACAUAAUUUCACAGCAAUUAGAAGUACAGGAUACAAUAUCCAUAGAUAAGACCACUGACCACAUAAUUUCAAAAUUUGAAGAAGCUAUUAACAACUUUCAGGGGCAACAAUGUGAUUACAAUCCAAAUUAUUUCCAUGAAAUCCUGAAAAUAAUAGAAGAUGAGGUGAAUUCUUCACCCACUGAGGAAAGAUACAAAUUUACAAGUAAAUAUAAAAUUGACCUAUCUUCUCAUUUAUUCAAAAGAGCAUCAGCAAAUUUUCAGGAGAUGCACGAGGCAUUUGAAAAUGCAAAUAAUCCUGUAAAAUAUCUGGAAAGUAAAAAGGAUGAUUUCUUCAUGAGUUUUAAAAUUUCUUGUCAAGGAGCAAGCUCAAUCAAAACAUUUGUUGAUUUUCUGUGGCAGAAACUCACUCCUGCUGUCUCUGCCACCAUUUGGAAAAACUUGGUUCCUAAAAUUGCUGGUGAAAUGCGGGCUACAUAUCCAGCAUUCAAUGGUAACAGGGCUAACCUGGAAAAACACAUUCUUAUCUCUCUGGCAGAAAAAGAAGAUUUUGAUGAUUACUGGCAGUACCUUCAUAAUCCAGAAUCCUUCUUUAGUAUUUACAUUAAAAACCGUAUUAGGACAUAUUGUUUAGAUCAAAAAAGUGGAAAAAUAAAGACUUUUUUAAAAAUAAGUUUAGAUGGCAUCAAGGAUACCAUUCUCUCAGCCAUUCAUGAAUCCACAGCAACAGCUAAAGAUAGAAGCAGCACUGUUUCUGGGUGGCUGGAUUUGUUCUGUAAAUACUUAGGGAGUAACUUGAUCUUUCCACGAAAAGACUUGGUAAGCAUUGAACACCAGGAGAUAAAAGAUUUUGAAUUUCUCAAAGAAGCCAUGAGUGAGGCUUUGGAUCCUGCAAUAAACACAGUAGAACAGAAGUGUUCAAAUAUUCCUAUAAAAGAAAUGCGUCCUCAAAUUCAGAGAUUGCUCACUGAACAUCUCUGUGGAUGCUGGAAACAGUGUCCCUUUUGUGGAGCAACUUGUACAAACACAAUCUCUUCACAUGAUGGAGACCAUAGUGUUCCUUUUCAUCGUCCUGAGGCCAUCAAAGGAGGGAGAUGGGCUAAUACAGACCACUUUUCCGUUGAUUACUGUACUAGUGCAGUAGCAAGUGAAUGUUCCUUCAUUUUGAGUGAUGGUCGUAAAUUCCCAUAUAAGAAGUAUCGAGAGGCAGGAGGGGAAUAUGCCACAUGGAGCAUCACCCCAGACACAUCUACUCAGCCAUACUGGAAAUGGUUUGUCUGUCACUUCAGAUCAAACUUAGAAGAGAAAUAUCAGAAAAAAUUUGCAGGUAGAGGUGAAAUCCCUGAGACCUGGACCAAAAUCACAAAGGAGGAUGCGCUUGAUGACUUGAAAAAACAAUAAUAUUCAAUGACCACAAAAGAGUACCAGAAUCUGAACAAGAGUCACCAAACCCAAACAAUCCUAAAAUACCUUUUUCUCAUGACAAUUUUCAUUAUUUACAUUUUUUCAAUGAAACAUUUUUUAAAAAAUCAAUCAAUAUUUGAAGAGUUCAAGAUUUUCUGUGAAAGAACUUUAGUUUUGUCUCAAUUCUUUUCUGAUUGA